GGUGCGAGACGAUUCAGCAUCCUACAGUGUAUUUCCAACAUGGCGGUGACAAUGGAAGGACCGCUGUCGAAAUGGACCAACGUUAUGAAGGGCUGGCAGUACCGCUGGUUCGUUUUGGACGACAGUACCGGUCUGCUAUCCUACUACACGUCCAAAGACAAGAUGAUGCGAGGAGCCAGGAGGGGCUGUGUUCGCCUCAAGGGGGCCAGCAUUGGUACUGAGGACAAAACCAACGUGUACGACCCUGGCCACAAAUUCGCGGGUGCAGUGAUAGGGAUCGAUGAUGAAGAUGACAGUACUUUCACCAUCAGCUGUGAUGGAAAGACCUUCCACUUCCAGGCUAGAGAUGCGGACGAGAGGGAGCACUGGAUCUCAGCACUGGAGGACACCAUCACUCGCCACUCCCAGUCUAUGAGUGUAGGUCUUGUAUACACGAGCAGCGUGACCUCUCACCCCAUCACCACCACGGCUGACUUCGACACCAAACUGAUGGAGGCCGACGCCUACCUGCAGAUUCUUAUUAAACAGACUAAGGCUCUGGAGGCCAGGAAUGACGCCUGUGAGGAUGAGGAGGAAAAGAAGAGACUGCAAAGCUUGGUGGAUGUCUCAAAUGCCAUGUUGGAGUCCAUUAAACACAGCAUAGUCCUCAUGCAGGUGGCCAAGUACGCCUGUGUCGAACACAUGGACUCUGGAAGGCUGACAACAAUGAAUGGAGUCCCAGGAACAGAGGAUAUCACCAACACUGGAGGCGUAGAUCAGCUGAGUAACUCUGGAUCAGACAGUACGGCCAGCCUGGAGCAGGCUACUGAAGCUUUGGAGGAGGGAGGGGGGCAGAUCACAGACUAUGGGCAGGGUUUGGAAGGCCUGCAGGUGGAGGCUGGCACCCAGACUAACGGGAAUAAUGCACCUGUCUUGCUGCCAGUAGACACCAGCACCCAGACCAGCAGCCACCCCACAACUCCUAUCAACGGUCCUGCCGUCACACUGGCUCUCCAAGUUCCUGUCCUGCCACAGACAUCCUAUUCUAGCAGCGAGGAUGAGGACUUCUUUGAUGCAGACGAGUUCUACCAGGCUUCUCCAGAAAAAUCUCCCAGUUCUCACAGCCGAUUGCCAAAUAGCUUCCAAGACUCCUUGAGUCACGAUGAUGCGGUGAAGAAACUUGACCAAGACUUGCAGGAGGAGGAGAAGGAGAAUAUACCUGAAGUGUCGGUGACAGGGGCUACACCUGGCAAGGAAAACCCAGAUGUGAUGAUGCGAGGUGGGAUCUGUAUUGUGACUGACUCCAGUGGUGGAGAGGAGGAGGCUACAGAGAACAUGGAGAACCACCAGUCAGUUAUCACCCACCUUCUGUCCCAGGUUAAACUGGGGAUGGACCUUACCAAGGUUGUUCUUCCGACUUUCAUCCUGGAGAAGCGUUCCCUGUUGGAGAUGUACGCAGACUUCUUCGCACAUCCAGACCUCUUCUCCAGUAUCCCAGAUUUUGAGGACCCCAAGGACCGUAUGAUCCAGGUGAUUCGCUGGUACCUGUCUGCCUUCCACGCCGGAAGGAAGGGCUCGGUGGCCAAGAAACCGUACAACCCCAUCUUAGGGGAAACUCUCAGGUGCUUCUGGGACCUCGGAACUGAUAACCUAGAUGGGGAACAGGAACUGGUGACAGAUGGUCCCAUCCCGUGGGCUACCAGAGACAACGUGACGUUUAUAGCUGAACAAGUCUCGCAUCAUCCUCCCAUUUCUGCAUUCUAUGCUGAACACUACAACAAGAAUAUCUCCUUCAAUGCCCACAUCUGGACCAAGUCAAAGUUCCUGGGCCUGUCUAUAGGAGUGCACAACAUUGGGCAAGGUUGCGUUUGGGUCCGCAAGUAUGAUGAAGAGUACAUUGUCACAUUUCCUAAUGGCUAUGGAAGGUCUAUCCUGACCAUCCCGUGGAUGGAGUUGGGAGGAAAAGUCACCAUCACGUGUGCCAAGUCAGGCUACAGCUGUAACAUAGACUUCCUAACAAAGCCUUUCUACGGAGGGUCUAAACACAAAAUCAAGGCAGACGUCAUGGGCCCGAGUGAGAAGAAGCCGUUCUGUGUGAUAGAAGGGGAGUGGAACGGAGUCAUGUACGCCAAGUGGGCAACUGGACAGGAGGAGGUUUUUGUGGACACGAAGAAGAUGAAGAUCAUGAGGAAGAAGGUACAGAAACUGGAGGAUCAGGGAGAGUAUGAGUCCAGGAAACUCUGGAAGAGAGUGACGGAUUCCCUCAGCAGCAGGAACAUUGACCAGGCCACGGAGGCAAAACAGUUUCUGGAAGAAAGGCAGAGAAGAGAGGCCAGGGAGAGGAAAGAAGCCGGGGUCAAAUGGGAGACCAAGCUUUUCCAUGAGGAUGGUGAACAGUGGAUCUACGACAACCCCUUGCAGAAACGACUGGAACUGCAGGAAAAGAUGCAAUAGUGCGGAAAACACAAGACAAUCAACCAUUUAGUGCUGAAGGCAGAAAGCUAUGAUUUCUACAGUCAGUUCCCUGCUAUAUUAGCCUAUAUUUCUGAGGUUGAAUGACAGUUUAUUUCCACAAGGGUCUCUGAAAAACUUCCAUGAGCAAGCUAUCAAAGCAGAUGCAUGAUGCCACUUCAAAUAAGUGCAUCCUUGUUCUGAUUUUGAUCUUGCUUGUUGUAUGGGAGUGUCAGAAAGAAUAAGAAUUCUGAGCUUGUACAGAGAAAAUUUAUAAGAUUAUAAUUAUUGUGACACUGGUCAGUGUAUUUAGAAUCUGUAACUGUUGUUAUUUAGGUGGUGUAAUGUGAUUGGUCCAUUUCCACCACAUUCUGGUAAUUUGGAGAUAGAUGGUGCUAUGUGAUUGGUCCAUUUCCACCACAUUCUGGUAAUUUGGAGAUAGAUGGUGCUAUGUGAUUGGUCCAUUUCCACCACAUUCUGGUAAUUUUGCAAAUGGGGUAAUGUGAUUGGUUCAUAAUUAGCCAACAAUGAAAUACAAUAUAAUGGUGCCAUGUGAUUCGUCAAUUUUCAAAUCCUUAUAUUUAUAGCUCUGCCAUUGGCUGAUUCAAAACUUUGAAAUGUUGGUGACUGAACGAUUGGCCAGAUUUUCACCAAUAACAGGUUACAAAGCCACAAUAGUUUUCCUGGACAUCACAACAGUUUCCCCAUCCCUUUUUCCUCGACAUUCCGAUUUCGAUCAUUUUAAUACCGAAAAUUAAGUUGUUGCUAUGAGGAAUAUCAUAUAUUGUACUUUUUAAGGCUUUAAAAAAAUUACAAAGGGAAUACAUGUAAUUUAAGACCAUAAUUGUGUCAUUAGAAUUCUAUCAAAGUAUAUACUUAAAACUUUGUAUCAGUUAUUAUUGUUUUCUUACGAUUCAAUACGGUCUUGCUACUAUGGUCUAUGGACUUUGGUCUUGCCACCAAAUGGUCUGCUUGGAGGUUAUAUCUCCGUCAAAAUUAAGUAGGUACACCAUAUCAGCAUAUGUGUCUGAAUUCUCAUGACAUUUACAUGAAAUAAGCACAAAGCAUUACAGUACGUCUUCCACAUUGUAAUUUAUGAUUAUUGAACCACACUUGAGAAAAAUGCAUAUUAAUAGGCCAAAAAUUUUGAUGUUAAAAAUCUCAUAUAUAUGUGUUAGAGUGCUAUGAAGAGCCAAGCAUUUAGGCCACAUACAUUUGUACAUGUAUGUCUGAACAAAGUUUACCUUCGGCCUGCUACAUAUAAGUUAGCCAUUUGGCACCAAAUGUGUAUUGGUUUGGGGUUAGGCAACAGGGAGAUGGUUAAAAACACAGAUGGUUAUACCUUAUGUCCAUUUUAAAACUUCCACUGGUGCAAUUUAUGAUUAACUGAGCGGAAUUAAGUAGAAAUGUAAUGUGUAAAGUGUCAUGGACAGUAAAAUAUUGAUGUCGUACAUCUAUAUACACAGCUCUGAACAAAAACAGAGUGUCAUGUACACAUAGUUGUCUGCCAUUCUAUUGUUAGGGCCAUUGCUGAUUUUCUAGGACACUGUAUUACUCGAUUUUGAAGGAAAUGUUUAAAUAAGUAAAAUUUAUGAUUAUGUAUUUGUAGUCAAACUAAUUGUAUUACUGUAUUGAAUAUCAAUUAGGAACUUUUCAAUACAAGGCUUAUUCUGUAAA